GGGCAGAGGCUUAAAUAGGCGGCUCUGGUGGCCGGGCCCAGUGCGCACUGAGAAGGUGGCAGUUGCGGCAGCGUCGAGUGACCGAGCCUGGUGUCUGCCUGUGGAGUGAAUCCGAGCCCGGGACCUAGUCCUGACCGUGUCCGUGUGUGAGUGGACGGCGUCCGACGCGAUGACUCUGAAUGGCGGCGGCAGUGGAGCGGGCGGGAGCCACAGCGGGGGCCGGGAGCGCGAGCGCCGUCGGGGCAGCACACCCUGGGGCCCAGCGCCCCCACUGCACCGCCGCAGCAUGCCGGUGGACGAGCGCGACCUGCAGGCGGCGCUGGCUCCGGGCGCUCUGGCAGGGGCAGCGGCUGGGACCCGGGCCCAGGGUCCGAGGCCGGACUGGCCGGAGGACUCCUCUGAGUCUCUCAGCUCAGGGGGCAGCGACUCAGACGAGAGUGUUUACAAGGUGCUGCUGCUGGGGGCGCCUGGCGUGGGCAAGAGUGCUCUGGCACGCAUCUUCGGUGGUGUAGAGGACGGCCCGGAAGCAGAGGCCGCAGGGCACACAUAUGAUCGCUCCAUUACGGUGGAUGGAGAAGAAGCAUCACUCAUGGUCUAUGACAUUUGGGAGCAGGAUGGGGGCCGCUGGCUACCAGGUCACUGCAUGGCCAUGGGGGAUGCAUAUGUCAUCGUGUACUCAGUGACAGACAAGGGCAGCUUCGAGAAGGCCUCAGAGCUGCGGGUCCAGCUGCGGAGGGCGCGGCAGACAGAUGACGUGCCCAUUAUUCUAGUGGGCAACAAGAGCGACCUGGUGCGCUCACGAGAGGUCUCCUUGGACGAGGGCCGAGCCUGCGCUGUGGUCUUUGACUGCAAGUUUAUUGAGACAUCGGCUGCACUGCACCACAACGUCCAGGCACUGUUCGAAGGUGUUGUGCGCCAGAUACGCCUGCGCAGGGACAGCAAAGAGGCCAAUGCACGUAGGCAAGCGGGUACCCGGCGGCGAGAGAGCCUUGGCAAGAAGGCGAAGCGUUUUCUGGGCCGCAUUGUAGCACGCAACAGCCGCAAGAUGGCUUUUCGUGCCAAGUCCAAGUCCUGUCAUGACCUCUCGGUGCUCUAGGCCCCAUGGGCACUCACUGCGUUGUGCAGACAGAUGGGCAGUUUGGUGGGCUGGCCCAGCCAAACUGCCCUAGGUGCCUUGGCUGGCUCAGACUCUUGGCAACCACCACCUCAUGGUAAUGGACAGACAGUGCUGUGCAGGGAGGCAGCUCCCAGUGGCCACCAAGGGCUGGGCCCACAGAGAUGUGUGUGCAGGCCCAUGUGUGUCCCAAGCAGCAGCCCUCGCCCAGCCCAUGGGGCAGGAUGUGUGUGGGGAGAGGACUCCACCUUUCUCCAAGCCUAGGUGUGCAUGCCCUGGAGGGAGGCUAUUCAGUGCAGUGGCUAUUUGUUUACAUGCGGAGUUUUGUAAUAAAGACUAUUUCCAGAUAGGUCAA